UAGAGAGAAAGUGAGGCUAGUCAGAGAGGCGUUGAGAGUGCUGGAAGGAGGCAGGAGAGGAUGAAAGCAGGGAGCCGGGCUGAGCUGCAACGAGGAACACUUUGAACAUAAACGGAUCUAGCUACUGCAACUACUGCUACUGCAACUACUACUACUGCUACUACUGAUACUGCUACUGCUACUACUGCUACUGCUACUGCUGUCACCCUAUCCAAUGACUACACUGUCUGAAACCGGCUCUGCAAAGGCACAACGCGAGGUGAGCGCUGCUUCGGUGCACAAGGCUCCGCAGUGAUCGCACAGGGAUGCUCCUCCAUCGCCGCCCGUUCUUCUCCCGCGAGGCUCAUGUGACCUAGCCACACCCACUCUCAGGGGGCCACACCCACUCACAGGGGGCCCUCCUCCGCUGGAGCCCAUCCAUGAAUCCCAGUCCCGAACGCGGAAAAGAGUGCCUCCCUCCCAAGAAGAGGGAGUCUCGACAAGGCUCUUCAGAUCUGCUCGUGGAUGAGUUCAAGCCCCCUGUGCCGCUGCGGGUUAGGCCCAGCACAGGGAGGGGGGAGGGGGGCAGAGAGGCCAGUGACAGGGCCCUGACUAACCCCAACAGCCACCUCCUCCACACCCCUCCUCCUCUGCCCGCUCCCGCCCCCAGCUUACCCCUGCCGCUGCCAUGGCUGGGCUACUCCCCGUCCGUGUCCCUGCCCCUGUUCUCUGGACAGGUGGACAGGAGGGGGGCGGGCUCUCCGGCCUGGAGAGAUGACCCUCUGACCUCAGCUUUACCUCACCACUCGCGCUGGCACAGAGGGGAGGGGCUCCUGUCACUGCCCCCCCCUCCAUCCUCCUCCUCUUCCUCGUUUAAAGCCCCUUUCCCCGCAGACUCCAGGGAGAUGUGGUCGUACAUGAACAGCGGGCGCAGGGAUUACAGCUCCUCCCUCUUCCCCCCGUCGUACCUGUUUGGGCACCCCUCUCUGUACUCGCAGGACACAGCGUUACCCGACCCCAGACACAGGUACAUGGCAAAGAGGCCCAACGGUCUGGAUGGUCCUGGCAGCAGGACUGCCACCUCCUCCAAGCCUCUGCUGGGAGAAUACGGGAACGACAGCAGCCGCCUGGACAUCAGUCCACACAACACUCACACCAACGGAGCUCGCAGACACCAGGACGUGUCCUCUCUGUGUCCGUCUGCGGGGCUGUUCCUGUCCGAGUCCUCCGCCCAGGAAGAGCCACAUUCCUCCCUGCAGGACACGCACGGGCACGCGCCCGGGCACGCACACACACACGCAGCAGUAAAGAGCAGCUCCAGUCUGCUCUCUCCCAGUGGCCAUCCUCUCGGAGCAGACGCCCGGGCUGGGAGGGGGGACCUGUUGGACCCUUUAGGGGGGUCCACGGCCGAAGCACAGGUUUAUUACUCUUUUGGAAUGUCUCAGAACUAUCCCCUCUACAGCCCCUCAGGUACCCCUCUGUACGGCCUACACCGGGACCCCGGGCCCAGGCAGCACGCCGCCCGGAGCACCCCCCACUCACCUCUGGGCGUGUCCAACAAUCAUGAGCGGCCCCAAAGAGACAGAGAACAGGACAGGGACAGAGACAGGAGCAAGGACAAAGACAAGCACUUACCGCAGCACAGAGACCAACAGAGGGACAGUGAGCCCGAGCGGAGACGGGACAGGGCCAGGGCCAGGGACCUGUCUCCGGGCCGCGCUCAUUCGUCGCCCCCUGCACUCCUACCUCACUUCACCAAGGGGUCUUUGAUCGAGCUCGCCGGAGGCCGUCUGAAGCGCGUGGAGGAGCUGAGGACGGAGGACUUCCUGAGGAGCGCAGACACCUCUCCAGACCUGCACCUGAGCACCUGCAAAGUCCUGCUCAUCUCCCCCAGCAGCACCCACGGGUUCAGCCACAUGCAAGUGCACCUCACUGACCGCAACACUCAGGAGUUAUUGAAGGUUCUGGUGGAGUACCCCUUCUUCGUCCGGGACAGGGGCUGGUCUUCGUGCUGUCCACAGAAAACCCUGCAGAUGUACGGCCUCCCGUGUCGCCAACUCGCCGAGGGGGACGUGUGUCUGGCCCUGACCCCGACCCCUUCCUCCUCCUCCUCCUCCUCCUCGCGGGUCCGCCCCAGGCCCCACCGCACCCAGUCCUCCUCCUCCUCCUCCAGGACGCACAGAGAGGACAUGCCCCCUCCCCCUCCUCCUCCACCUCUCCCUCACCACUCCCACUCCCACCACCACCACCACCACCACCACCACGCCCCCCUCACCCCCAGCCUCCCGGCAACUCCGCGCUCCCCGGCCGCCUCCACCGCCGCUGCUGCCGCUGCCGCAGACACGGACGGCGUGGGGCAGUCUCGUCCACGUAAACGGCGCUGGUCUGCCCCGGACACUUUCCCCUGCACUGGAACUGAAAAAAGCGUUUUGGAGUUACCUCAAGGCUCAAAGCUGAUGAAGUGGCAGUAGAGUAUUGCACAUUUUAGCGCACACAAACACACACACGCACGCACACACACACACACCCCACUUGUUACUCUCAAACUCGGGAGAACGCAAGGUGGGGUUGCAGGGAAGGAAUAAACGUCAUGAUUUUUACGGGUGCCGAAAAUGAUUAAAACCACGUUAGCUCAGUCCUGACAGGAGCAGUUGGAGAUUUUACUGUUUAGACACAAGACAAUCAACGCACUUGUCUAUGUUCAGUGUUUUUCUAAGACCCCACACACUUUAAAACAACAGUGAAUCUGCAGGGUAUCGAUUUCAAACAGUGUUAAGGCUACGGAACAAGUGCAUAUAAAUAUACAUAUGAAGAUAUACAGUAUAUAUAUUACAUUACUGAUGUUGUAUACAGUAAAUAUGCUAAACUAAUGCAAUCUCUGUCAGUAUUGCAACGCAUUUCUUUUAUUUUUUUAAUUUUUUCUUGCUUCGAAGCCGCCGAGUCGGCCUGGGUAGGCAAGAUGAAUGUAUAAGCAACUCUUGAAGCCUUCUUCUUCUUCUUCUUCUAUUUCUUCUUCUUCUCUUCGUCGGCGGGAGUCCACGCGCUCGUUCAUCAAGGCAUUACUGUCCAAUCUGUUCUUAACAUUGUGUCGAGGAAAAAAGGGAGAACACUAAUGAAAACUGCGUAACGGACAAUCCCACGCACACAGGCAGAUGGACACGCAGACACGCAGGCAGACAUGCAGACAGGCAGAUGGAUAGGCCUGUCUGCGUGUCUGGGUGCGCAGACAGACACGCAGACUAACACUCAAACGCAGGCAGACACACAGAUGGGCAAGCAGACAUGCAAAUGGGCACACAGACAGGCACGCAGACACGCACAUGGGCAGGCAAACAGACACGCAGACACACAAACAGGCAUGCAGGCUGGCUGAGAAGCAGACAGGCAGACAGACAGUCACAUCCUCUUCGCUCGUGGUGUUUUUCAUUCUAAACAUACAGAUGGGAAAGGGAGGGUCUUAUAGUAAUGGUGCUAAAAACACAUUGGAACACGAUGCUUUGUGAAUGCUCAACCCUGUGUUCUGUUCCCAUCUCAUUUGACGUACUGUAUGUCAGAAGGCAGGGACACGAUGAAAGUAUUUUAAAUCAGAUACGGGUAUAACCUCUGAUUCAGCACACUCUCUCACUUUAGUUCUUGUGUUUUUUUAUUUGGAAAUUUGACCUGUUUGUUUUUAAAUGUAAUAGCUACAAAAAUGUAUAUUUUUAAAAUUGUGACUCUGUUUUAUGAUGUUCGCUAGAAAUAAAAGACAAAAAGCUUUAUAGA